AUGCGAGUUGUGCCUUUACAGGCAAGAACCAACAUCUUCCUUGAAAAAGGAAUAUAUGUGGAUGAAAAUUCUAGAUCUUGUAAGUCUCAUUUUCUGAAUGACAUACUCACCCAAACUGCAAUGUCACAGAUUGAAGGAACGAAUGACGAGACUUAUCUCAACAGGACAGACGUUGCUGACCUUCUUCAGAGGAUGAGACAAUCAAUGUUAUUAAAAGCUCGAUUAGACUUUGAAAAUCCAUUAUCAUUGUCAGAUGAAGAUUAUUACUACUUUACAGGUCUGUCUAAGAAUCAAUUUUUUGAAGUCCUGUCAUCUCUUACCUCUCUCAGAAAUACAUCUGUCCGGUCUAAACGAACCUGCCUUGCAAUCUUGCUUGUAAAACUUCGCACUGGUUUAUCAAAUAAUCUUCUGGCCGUAUUGUUUUCUCUAAAGAAAUCACAAAUACAAAGGUCUAUCCAUGCUGCCAAGAAUGCUUUGAUUCAGGAUUAUGUUCCAAAAAACCUUGGAUUUCAACACAUUGAUCAUGAUACCUUUGCACAACAACAUACAAUCCCUCUAGCUAAAACUCUUUUUACAUCUGGAACUUCUAAUUCUGCAGUGCUGAUAAUGGAUGGUACAUAUUUGUACAUUCAAAAGAGUUCAGACUAUCAUUUUCAAAGAGUUUCAUAUAGCUUGUACAAAUAUCGGCCACUUGUAAAAAUGAUGGUUAUUGCUGGAUCCGAUGGUUACAUUUUAAGUGUGCUAGGGCCUUACAGACAGAUUCCAAAAACAGUGAUUCAAGCAUCACAAAACAUGCAUUCAAAACAAAUGCCGAAAAUCUCUCUGAUUGGAUCACUUCUGACGAUGUAUGUGUAG